AUUAAAUUGUUAAAAUACAGAGAGGACACAAUCAUUAUUCCGCCUCCUCAUUCGGGCUCCAAGGAAUCGAAUUACAGACGCCCGGUUCCAGAGCUCCGAAUCAAUAAUUUGAUUUCCCGCCAUGGAUCAGCAUCCCAAUUAUGAAUCGAUGGUUGCUCGUGUUCAACAGUUGGAGAGAGAACGUAAUGAAUUGCAGAAAGAUAUUGAACAGUUGUGUAUGCAACAAGCUGGACCUGCCUAUAUUGGAGUGGCAACACGUUUACAUUUUCAGAGGACAGCUGGGUUGGAGCAGGAGAUCGAGAACUUGAAAAAACAGUUGGCUACUUGCAUAAGACAAAAUCAAAAUCUUCAAGAGGAGCUAUCCGAAGCUUAUCGCAUUAAAAGCCAAAUAGCCGAUCUACAUAAGGCUGAAGUGUCAAAGAAUGUCGAAGCUGAGAAUCAGCUUAGGUUUUUUCAAGAUUGUGUAGCUGCUGCUUUUGCUGAGCGAGAUAAUGCAAUAAUGGAGGCUGAAAAGGCUAAAGAGAGAGAGGAGCUACUGCCGCAGGAGCUGACAAAUUUUCAGAGAAGGGUUGAAGAGCUGACUGCUGAACUUCUUGAAGAAAAGGAACAAGCAGCAAAUAUCCGUAUUGAUUUAGAAAAGCACGAAAGGCAGAAUGAGAUGUUCAGACAGGUGAUUGAUAAAUUCUAUAGCAUCAGACAAGAUUCCCUUAAUGAUUCCACUGAUGGAAGUUGGGAAGAGAAAUGUCUUUCUCUUCUGAAUGAUUCAGAGGAUACAUGGAGGUUCCAAAAUGAUGAGGAUGCUUCAACCUCCAAUUACAUUAACUCUCUCGAAGCCGAGAUUGAAACUCUGAGGAGACGUCUGAUAAUUUACAAAACAAGCUUGAGUGUCCGUGAUUUGGAGAGGAAGAAAAUCCAUUCAAAAGAGAAGAAUAAAAAGUGGAUUUCGGCAUUAUCUCAUCACCAUUCUCAGUUCAGAAACGGUAUCAAAAGCUUACUUGAUGAGGGAUAUUUGGAGCUAAAAUCAAUUAGCGAUCUGGUAGUUGAGAAGAUCAAGCAACUUGAAACGAGCAGAGAAUGCGAUUUGAGAUCUUCUCAGCUACAAGAGGAAUUUGACGUGAGUGAAUGCAGGGAUGUCCAUGUUAGUGCCGAUUCUAGUCCAGUUGCAAUCACUGAGAAAAGUCAUCCGGGCUUGCCAAUUCCAAGUGCUUGUGAAACUGGCGAUGCAUCUGAAGCCCUUGCUUUGGCAUUGCACGAUAAGGUGUCAGCAUUAUUACUUAUGUCGCAGCAAGAAGAAAGACAUCUAUUAGAGAGGGAUGUAAAUGCAGCUUUGCAAAAAAUCGAGGAACUGCAGAGAAACUUAAUGCAGGUUACGAAUGAAAAGGUGAAAGCUCUUAUGGAGUUAGCACAGCUGAAGCAAGAAUUAUAUAAUCUACAACCAAAGAUCAGUCAGGACAAAGUACAAGGAAUCAAUCCGGUGGAGACUGCAGAACGAAGAAUGGUAUCGGAGAAAGACGGGAAAUUGAAAAGUCUGCUAAAGAAAACUUACUUAACACGUUGGGUCGGAGGCUCCGAUGGAAGUGAUAUAUUGGCACAUCUACAUAACGAAAAACCACAUCAAGUGGAUUUCGUAAGGGUGAAAGAGUCGGAUGCAGGGAAAGAUGAAGACAUGAGGUGUUCCGAAGAUUUGGAACAAGUUAUUGCAGAAGCAAACCUUCUGAAGACAGCCCUUGGCAGCUCUCUCUCCCCUGGAUUUGAGAUGGUGGAGCUCUUGAUAUUUGCUGCUCAGAACCUCAAGGAGUGUUGUGGGAUGGAAGGGGUGGACAAGGAGAAAGUGCAGAGGGUGGUUUAUGAGAUGAGCAAGGGAUCCAAGUAUUUUGAACACGAGGAAAAGAAAGAAGCUUACAUGAAGCACAAAAUCGAGAGCUUUCGGGCGCAGCUUGCUAAGCUUACUGACUCAGAUUUAUCACACCAUCGGAAGAUUGCUGAUAGAAAAAUUGCAGGAUUGGAAGCCACCCGUGAUCUGUCAAGGAUUUGGUUACAUGUAGAUAUGGAUGCUUUUUAUGCAGCCGUUGAAACACUGAGCAAUCCUUCUUAA